CUGAACUCUUUUCCCCCCACGCUUGAAACAACCCCCACUUUGGCCCUUCCCCUCUGUUUUUACACUUCGCCUCCCCACAAGAAAAAAGAGUACAUUUUUUGUCUUUGUGUCAAGCUUUUGUUUGUUUGUUUUUUAGCAGGUAGUGCGCCGGCUAAUACACGCGUGGUACAGCACACUACUGAAGCAUACCUAUCUUCUUUCCUUUCCUUUUCUCUUCUGUUUUCUUUUCUUUGGUUCUAUCAUCCCCGCUUGCUCUCCCUAUUUCUAUUUUCAUAUCCUCUAUUGCCAACCUGUAUCUUUCCCUCGCCGUUUUGUUAUUUUGUCUAUUUAUUUAUAUUGUCUGUGCACUGCAUUGCCCUCAUUGCGCUACUUACAUUUACACCAUCUGUCCAGCAUUUAUUCUAAUUUCUAUCAACAUAAACAAAAAAUUACCUCAAAACUCGCGUCUUAUCGGCAAGUACACUCACUCACCGUUGUUGAUUAUUAUGAGCGCAGCAGCAGCAGCUUCUGAGUUCGGCAGCACACUCGCUGCCAGCGUGCCCGUCGACGCAGCCUUCAACAUGUUCAGCCCGGACGCGUGGCUUUCGGCUGCUUACACCGCGGCGGGAUACGACAAGUCGCAGUGGAGAUGGGUCAACGGCACCACCUAUUUGUCGACCUGGCAGGAGGUUGGCCUGGGCAUGAUUGUUUACCUCGGAGCCAUCUUUGGGAUCCAGUUCCUGAUGAGAUCGCACAAGGGAUUCAAGCUUAACAGGCUCGCGCAGGUCCAUAACCUCAUUCUCACCCUCGUGUCGCUUGUCCUUCUGGUGCUUUUUGUCGAGGAGCUAGCGCCAAUCAUCUCCGAGGGCGGUCUUUUCUACGCCGUGUGCGACCAGAAGGCGUGGACCCAGCGCCUCGAGGUUCUCUACUACCUCAACUACCUGACCAAGUGGCUCGAGUUCACCGACACUGUCUUCCUGGCUCUCAAGAAGAAGCCCCUGCAGUUCCUGCACGUCUACCACCACACGCUGACCAUGGUCCUCUGCUUCACCCAACUCAACGGCGCCACCUCGGUCUCGUGGGUCGUCAUCACGCUCAACCUGUUCGUUCAUGUUAUCAUGUAUUUCUAUUACUUCCUUGCGUCGUGCGGUAUCCACCCGUGGUGGAAGAAGUACGUUACUACUCUUCAGAUCACCCAAUUCAUCAUCGAUCUUGGAUUCGUCUACUUCUGCACCUACCAGCUUAUCGGCUCGCGUUACUACCCCUCGCUCCCGUGCUACGGUGACUGCGCUGGAACUGAGGAUGCUGCUAUUUUUGGCUGCGCCCUGCUGUCGUCAUACCUGCUGCUUUUCAUCCAGUUCUUCCAGCGCACUUACACCAAGAAGCAGGCCGCCAAGAACAAGCUCAAGACCCAGUAAGCAAGUACGUGCCGGAUGCGUGAAAUGUCUUCUUUUUCAUUUCCCUUUGAUUUACAGCUAUUUGAUUCGAUUUCAAUUUAAUAUAUCUAUUAUUUUAUCACCCAC